ACAUUCCUGCUCCAGCCAGGUCUAUAAAACCUCCAGGUCCUCCUCUCCCGCUGGACAGAGGCUUGGAGACAGCAUGAUGCAGCUGAAUUUCCAUGGGCUGAGGGCCCUGGUGACAGGGGCAGGGAAAGGGAUCGGGCGGGACACUGUGAAGGUCCUGCAUGCCUUGGGAGCCAGAGUGGUGGCUGUGAGCCGCACCAACGCCGACCUGGUCAGCCUCUCCAAGGAGUGCCCUGGGGUAGAACCGGUGUGUGUGGACCUGGGUGACUGGGAGGCCACGGAGCGGGCGCUGGGCAGCGUGGGCCCUGUGGACCUGCUGGUGAACAACGCUGCCGUGGCCCUGACAUAUCCAUUCCUGGAGACCACCAAGGAGGUCUUUGACAGGUCCUUCAAUGUGAACCUGUGCUCUGUGUUCCAGGUCUCCCAGAUCGUGGCCCGGGGCAUGAUCGACCGUGGGGUACCUGGCUCCAUCGUUAAUGUCUCCAGCAUGGUGGCCCAUGUCACCUUUCCCAACCUAGCUGCCUACAGCUGCACCAAGGGCGGAAUGACCAUGCUGACCAAAGCCAUGGCCAUGGAGCUGGGGCCACACAAAAUUCGGGUGAACUCCGUGAACCCCACGGUGGUGCUGACGGCCAUGGGCAAGCACGUCACGGCAGACCCCGAGGUCCUCGGCAAGCUGAAGGAGCGUCACCCACUGCAGAAGUUUGCAGUGACCGCAGCGCCUCCACCAGCGGCUCGGGCAUCCUCGUGGACGGCGGGUACCUGGCCUCCUAGAGCGCCUUGCACGCAGAGGCCAGCAGGACCCCGCUUGCAGCGCCAAGGCCCCAUGCCUGGACCACAGCUCCACCCACAUGCCCCACCCCACGGGCUCGCAGCUCUCCCGCUCCACCUCCACGCUCCCCACCAUCGCCCUGCCGCCUCUGCCCGUCCCACAGCCAUGCAGACCAGCAGCUGCCACACUCAUCCGCAUCCACCCCCUCCCUGCCAGAGACCCCGCCCUUGUCAUCCCCACUCACCACGUCCUCCGGUGUGUUCCGGUUCAUUUGCCGAAAUAAACGGAGGUCAUUGUGGGAACCAGCACAUGCCAGGGUUCUGGAGGGGCAAGCCACGAGGGUUCGGUCCGGGAUUGGCGGGGUGCACAUUUUACCUUCCAUGAAGCAAUGAGGGGGCCAAGCCUGAAGCCAAUCGGAUUCCACCGCUGACCCCACCUUUUGGCUAAAGGGCCAGCAUUCCUUCUCAAGGAGGAGAUUCCUCAUGUCCAUGCCCCAACCUGUAAUACCCAAGCAGCCCCAGGAAGAGGGCAGAGGACUGAGGGCAGCAGGCGGCCUGCAGCCACCUUCCCUCCCCUGACACUCUGGCCCAGCCCUUCAGCCCAGCAUCCUGGCUCAUCGGUCGAUUGCUGCCCAUUGGAGAGAGCAGAGGAUCUGCGGAGCUGCGGGGAGAUGCCCCG